UCGAUCACUCUCCGCUAUCGUACGAAACGCCCUAAGAAUCCUCAAGUCGCUUGGCCCACGCCACUACUCGCACCACACGCAUCACUAUCACCAUCAUAGCGAGAGCUCCUCCUCCUCCUCCUCCUCCUGCUCCUCCGCCUCGUCCUGCUCCAACUCGUCCAACCACAGCAACUCGUCCGAUCUCAGCUCGUCCGACCGGAGCCUGGCCAGCUGCGAGAAGCAUCAACAUCAUGCCCAUCUCGAGGCUGCCCACCAAGAUGUGGUCCUCCACCAUCAUCGAGGAGAUCCAGUCGGAAAUUAAAGGUAACAUGAAGAACAAUGAGCAUCGGUUGAGGAACGGCGAGGGGAUGAGGAUCCAGCCCUCCUUGCCUCAGACCAAAGACAAUAAAGCCAUUCUCUGCUCGACUUCUCCGAAUAAGGCUGGAAAACUGCCGGUUCGAAGCUUCCCUGGAUACCAUAACCGAGAGUCCAACGGACAUUCCAAACAGAGUCCGCAGAUAGAAAAGAGGAUUCCCCUCUUGGCCAAAAUCAAGCCAACAUCUGCUAUUAAGCAGAAAAUUUAAUCGACUCAUUCCGUUUUCUGUUUUUCUUUCUUUUCUUUUUACGUUUUUUUUUCUUCAUUCAUCUUUUGUUUGGUAAUUUUUUUUAUCAUUAUUAUUUGGGGAUUAAGGAAAUUUCAUUAAAAAGUCUUGUAACAUUGUUUCGUACUAAACACUGUAAUGUGCAUUUAAUCAUACGUUCGUGGCUCAAUUAUUUUUAAUUUUUUUAAGUAAGUACUCAAUGUACAUUUGUGUUAAUAUUGGUAUCGAAGAAAUAAACAUUUUUCAUGUAACUUUUUGUCUUAUUAUUUAUUCAUUAAAACUAAACUCAUUCAUGUACGAUCGAGCUUCUUUUUUUUUUAAAUCAAAAGCAAAAUUCAAAAGCAGGGACUUUAUGGAGAAAAUCGUUCUUUGUA